AUGGAACAAGAGGGCCUGGUACUAUCUGAUGUGAUUCUGCUGGGCCUGGUACUAUCUGAUGUGAUUCUGCUGGGCCUGGUACCAUCUGAUGUGAUUCUGCUGGGCCUGGUACCAUCUGAUGUGAUUCUACUGGGCCUGGUACUAUCUGAUGUGAUUCUGCUGGGCCUGGUACUAUCUGAUGUGAUUCUGCUGGGCCUGGUACUAUCUGAUGUGAUUCUGCUGGGCCUGGUACUAUCUGAUGUGAUUCUCCUGGGCCUGGUACUAUCUGAUGUGAUUCUGCUGGGCCUGGUACUAUCUGAUGUGAUUCUACUGGGCCUGGUACUAUCUGAUGUGAUUCUACUGGGCCUGGUCCUAUCUGAUGUGAUUCUGCUGGGCCUGGUACUAUCUGAUGUGAUUCUGCUGGGCCUGGUACUAUCUGAUGUGAUUCUACUGGGCCUGGUCCUAUCUGAUGUGAUUCUGCUGGGCCUGGUACUAUCUGAUGUGAUUCUGCUGGGCCUGGUACUAUCUGAUGUGAUUCUGCUGGGCCUGGUACUAUCUGAUGUGAUUCUACUGGGCCUGGUCCUAUCUGAUGUGAUUCUGCUGGGCCUGGUACUAUCUGAUGUGAUUCUGCUGGGCCUGGUACCAUCUGAUGUGAUUCUACUGGGCCUGGUACUAUCUGAUGUGAUUCUGCUGGGCCUGGUACCAUCUGAUGUGAUUCUACUGGGCCUGGUACCAUCUGAUGUGAUUCUACUGGGCCUGGUACCAUCUGAUGUGAUUCUGCUGGGCCUGGUACCAUCUGAUGUGAUUCUACUGGGCCUGGUACCAUCUGAUGUGAUUCUCCUGGGCCUGGUACUAUCUGAUGUGAUUCUGCUGGGCCUGGUACUAUCUGAUGUGAUUCUACUGGGCCUGGUACUAUCUGAUGUGAUUCUACUGGGCCUGGUACUAUCUGAUGUGAUUCUGCUGGGCCUGGUACUAUCUGAUGUGAUUCUGCUGGGCCUGGUACUAUCUGAUGUGAUUCUACUGGGCCUGGUACUAUCUGAUGUGAUUCUACUGGGCCUGGUACCAUCUGAUGUGAUUCUGCUGGGCCUGGUACCAUCUGAUGUGAUUCUACUGGGCCUGGUACCAUCUGAUGUGAUUCUGCUGGGCCUGGUACCAUCUGAUGUGAUUCUACUGGGCCUGGUACCAUCUGAUGUGAUUCUGCUGGGCCUGGUGUUAUCUGAUGUGAUUCUACUGGGCCUGGUGUUAUCUGAUGUGAUUCUCCUGGGCCUGGUACCAUCUGAUGUGAUUCUGCUGGGCCUGGUGUUAUCUGAUGUGAUUCUGCUGGGCCUGGUACCAUCUGAUGUGAUUCUACUGGGCCUGGUACCAUCUGAUGUGAUUCUACUGGGCCUGGUACUAUCUGAUGUGAUUCUGCUGGGCCUGGUACCAUCUGAUGUGAUUCUGCUGGGCCUGGUACCAUCUGAUGUGAUUCUACUGGGCCUGGUACCAUCUGAUGUGAUUCUGCUGGGCCUGGUACCAUCUGAUGUGAUUCUGCUGGGCCUGCUCAUCUCAUCUCAUCUCAUCUCAUCUCCAGUGUUCCACUUCUCCCAGCGGUUCACCACGGUGGUCCCAGAGAGCUGUAUGUUGAUCUUACUGGGCCUGGUACUGGGUGGCAUCGUACUGCUGACCAGUAAGAAACAGCUGUACCAGCUAGAGCCUGGCCUCUUCUUCCUCUUCCUCCUGCCAACCAUCGUAGGUGACGCCGGGUAUUUCAUGCCCGCGAGGCUCUUCUUUGACAAUCUGGGAGCCAUCUUACUGUAUGCUGUGGUGGGAACUCUCUGGAAUACCUUCUGUACAGGCUUCUGCCUCUACGGGGUCAAACUGAUGGGGAUCAUAGACCAGAAGGUUCAGGCAGGUCUGAUGGAGUUCCUGUUGUUUGGAGCGCUGAUCUCUGCGGUGGACCCAGUGGCGGUGCUGGCCGUGUUCGAGGAGGUCCAAGUCAACGAGACUCUCUUCAUCAUCGUCUUCGGAGAGUCCCUGCUCAACGACGCCGUUACCGUGGUGUUGUAUAAGGUGUACAUGUCCUUCGUGGAGGUGGGCCCUGAGAAUGUUCAGACAGCUGACUAUUUCAAAGGAGUGGCCUCAUUCCUCAUCGUCAGUAUUGGGGGGACCAUGGUGGGUCUGAUCUUUGCUGCUCUCCUCGCCUUCAUCACACGUUUCACCAAGAAGGUCCGCAUCAUUGAGCCUCUAUUGGUGUUCCUCAUGGUCUACCUGGCCUACCUCACCGCCGAGCUCUUCUCUCUGUCCGCCAUCUUGUCAAUGACGUUCUGUGGUAUCGGCUGUAACAAGUACGUGGAGGCCAACAUAUCCCAGAAAUCUCGUACCACGGUGAAGUACACGAUGAAAACCCUGGCCAGCAUCGCCGAAACCAUCAUCUUCAUCUUCCUGGGCAUCUCAGCCGUGGACAAGUCUAAGUGGGCCUGGGACACAGGACUCAUCUCCUGUACGCUCAUCUUCAUCUUCGUCUUCAGGGCCCUGGGUGUGGUCAUGCAGACCUGGGUGUUGAACUGGUUCCGCCUCGUCCCAUUGGACAAGAUCGACCAGGUGGUGAUGUCGUACGGUGGCCUGCGAGGGGCGGUGGCGUUUGCCUUGGUGGUGCUGCUGGACGCAGAACGGGUCCCGGCUAAAGACUACUUCGUGGCCACAACCAUCAUAGUGGUUUUCUUCACUGUGAUGUUCCAGUCUCUCUCUCUCUCUCCUCUAGUGAACUGGCUCAAGGGUCUGAGUACCUCUAGUGCCACCAACCGCAAGCCCACCAUCAACGAGGAGAUACACGAGCGUGCCUUUGACCAUUGUCUGACAGCCGUGGAGGACAUCGCUGGACUCAACGGUUACCACCACUGGAGAGACAAGUGGGAGCAGUUUGACAAGAACUACCUGAGCAAGUUGCUGCUGCGGAAGUCUGUGUACCGGAAGAGCGAGCUGUGGGAGGUCUAUCAGAAAAUCAAUAUUAGAGACGCCAUCAGUGUUAUAGACCAGGGUGGCAACGUGCUGACCUCUGCCAGGCUCUCUCUGCCCUCCAUGGCCUCCAGGGCAUCUUUCCCAGAGGUCACCAACGUCACCAACUACCUGAGAGAGAACGGUAGUGGGGUCUGUCUGGACCUCCAGGUGAUUGACAACGUGCCGGGUGCCAAGGUGGAGGAGGAGUCAGAAACGCAUCACUUCCUGGCUGGGAACCUGUACAAGCCCAGGAGACGGUACCAGUCCCACUACAGCAGACACUUCAUGAGUGGGGACCACGAGCGUCAGGACAGAGAGAUCUUCCAGAGAAAUAUGAAGAGUCGCAUGGAGACGUUCAAGACCACCCGACACAAACGCCACAGCCACAAGAAGGACCGCAGCCAGAAAAAGGCAGGGACCCCUAAAAGAAAUUAUUGGAUGUUAUUAUCUCUGUGUAACUUCAGCAGGGAGCCAGGAUAG